GCGGGCGGCGGCCGGAGGGCGGCGCGGGAGGAAGCAGCAGCGGUGGCUCCAUGGCCCGGGCGCGCUGAGGGACACGGCUCUCGCCUCAGCCCGGCGGCGGCGGCGGCCGAACAAUGAAGCUCCUGAAGCCGACCUGGGUCAACCACAAUGGCAAGCCAAUUUUUUCAGUUGAUAUUCACCCUGACGGGACCAAGUUCGCAACUGGAGGACAAGGACAGGAUUCUGGGAAGGUUGUGAUCUGGAAUAUGUCUCCAGUCCUCCAGGAGGAUGACGAGAAGGAUGAAAAUAUUCCCAAGAUGCUUUGCCAGAUGGACAAUCACUUAGCAUGUGUGAACUGUGUGCGGUGGUCAAACAGUGGGAUGUAUUUAGCUUCUGGGGGAGAUGACAAACUGAUUAUGGUGUGGAAACGGGCUACGUACAUCGGCCCCAGCACCGUGUUCGGCUCCAGUGGUAAGCUUGCCAACGUGGAGCAGUGGCGAUGUGUCUCUAUCCUCCGGAGUCACUCAGGCGAUGUAAUGGAUGUAGCAUGGUCUCCCCAUGAUGCCUGGCUGGCCUCGUGCAGCGUGGAUAACACUGUCGUCAUCUGGAACGCUGUGAAGUUCCCAGAAAUUCUAGCUACUCUGAGAGGCCAUUCUGGCUUGGUAAAGGGGUUGACCUGGGACCCUGUUGGGAAAUACAUUGCCUCUCAAGCUGAUGACCGCAGCCUGAAGGUGUGGAGAACGCUGGACUGGCAGUUGGAGACCAGCAUCACCAAACCUUUUGAUGAGUGUGGAGGGACAACCCAUGUGUUGCGGCUCAGCUGGUCACCUGACGGGCACUACCUGGUGUCUGCCCACGCCAUGAACAACUCUGGCCCCACUGCCCAGAUCAUUGAACGGGAGGGCUGGAAGACCAACAUGGACUUUGUCGGGCACCGGAAAGCUGUGACUGUCGUUAAAUUCAAUCCAAAAAUCUUCAAAAAGAAGCAGAAGAAUGGGAGUUCUGCAAAGCCCAGCUGCCCAUAUUGCUGCUGUGCUGUUGGCAGCAAGGACCGUUCUCUGUCUGUCUGGCUCACAUGUCUGAAACGGCCUUUGGUUGUCAUCCAUGAGCUAUUCGACAAAUCCAUCAUGGAUAUUUCCUGGACUCUGAACGGGCUAGGCAUCUUGGUGUGCUCCAUGGAUGGCUCUGUGGCGUUUCUCGAUUUCUCCCAGGAUGAGCUUGGAGACCCCCUGAGCGAGGAGGAGAAGAGCCGCAUUCACCAGUCUACCUAUGGUAAGAGCUUGGCCAUCAUGACUGAGGCCCAGCUCUCCACAGCCGUCAUUGAGAACCCAGAGAUGCUCAAAUACCAGCGCAGGCAGCAACAACAACAGCUGGACCAGAAGAGUGCCUCGGCUAGAGAGACAAGUUCAGCUACCUCAGUUGCUGGUGUUGUCAAUGGGGAGAGUCUGGAAGACAUUAGGAAGAAUCUUUUGAAGAAACAAGUUGAGACUCGGACGGCAGAUGGUCGCAGAAGAAUCACACCUCUCUGCAUAGCACAGCUGGACACCGGGGACUUCUCCACGGCAUUCUUUAACAGCAUCCCACUCUCGGGCUCCCUGGCGGGCACCAUGCUCUCCUCUCAUAGCAAUCCACAGCUACUGCCACUCGACUCCAGUACCCCCAACUCUUUUGGCGCCUCAAAACCCUCCACAGAGCCUGUGGCAACAGCUGGUGCCAGGCCGGCUGGUGAUACUGUCAGUAAGGACAGUGUGAAUGCUACCUCUACUCCUGCUGCAUCGUCACCCUCCGUGUUAACAACCCCGUCCAAGAUCGAACCCAUGAAAGCAUUUGACUCCCGAUUCACGGAACGGUCCAAAGCCACGCCAGGUGCUCCUGCCUUGACCAGUGUGACUCCAACAACCGUGGAAAGGUUGAAAGAACAGAACCUUGUGAAAGAGCUGAGGCCCCGGGACCUCCUGGAGAGCAGCAGUGACAGCGACGAAAAGGUCCCUGUGGCCAAGCCGUCCUCACUGUCCAAGCGAAAACUGGAGCUUGAGGUGGAAACAGUGGAGAAGAAAAAAAAAGGGCGACCUCGGAAGGAGUCUCGGCUCAUGCCCGUGUCUCUGUCUGUCCAGUCCCCAGCUGCCCUGACCGCAGAGAAGGAUGCCGUGUGUUUGUCUGUACCAGCACCUGCACUGAAGCUGCCCAUGCCAGGCCCACAGAGAGCAUUCACCCUCCAGGUGAGCUCCGACCCCUCCAUGUACAUUGAGGUGGAGAAUGAAGUGACUGCUGUGGGGGGCGUGAAGCUAAGUCGUUUGAAGUGUAACCGGGAAGGGAAGGAGUGGGAGACAGUGCUCACCAGCCGGAUCCUCACUGCUGCCGGCAGCUGUGACGUGGUAUGCGUUGCCUGUGAAAAGAGGAUGCUGUCAGUGUUCUCCGCCUGUGGUCGCCGUCUCCUCCCUCCCAUCCUCCUGCCGUCCCCAAUCUCCACUUUGCACUGCACGGGCUUCUACGUCAUGGCACUUACAGCUGCAGCCACGUUGUCUGUCUGGGAUGUUCACAGACAGGUAGUUGUGGUGAAAGAAGAAUCUCUACACUCCAUCCUGGCAGGAAGUGACAUGACAGUGUCACAGAUCUUGCUGACACAGCAUGGAAUCCCAGUGAUGAACCUAUCUGAUGGGAAGGCAUACUGCUUUAAUCCAUCACUUUCUACAUGGAACCUGGUGUCUGACAAGCAGGACUCCCUGGCCCAAUGUGCAGACUUCAGGAGCAGCCUGCCUCCCCAGGAUGCCAUGCUGUGCUCCGGACCUUUAGCCAUAGUCCAGGGCCGUGCCUCCACUUCAGGAAGACAGGCAGCCCGACUCUUCUCCGUGCCUCAUGUAGUGCAGCAGGAGACCACCCUGGCCUACUUGGAGAAUCAGGUUGCGGCGGCACUCACACUGCAGUCCAGCCAUGAGUACCGUCAUUGGCUCCUCCUCUACGCUCGGUACCUUGUGAAUGAAGGGUCUACGGAAGAGGGAGCUGUUGAAGGAGCUACUGCCGGUCAUUGGGCAGAAUCUUCGCUUUCAGCGCCUCUUCACCGAGUGUCAGGAGCAGCUCGAUAUUCUGAGGGACAAGUAGCCUGCCUAGGCCUCCUCUGGCUACAGCAAGGGCAGGACCACACCCUCGCCACUGACGAUGCGCAGGACCACCUCUCACCUCGUCAGGCUACAGAAGAACGAGGAGACACUGGCAGGAGGUGGGCUGUCCUGCGCCAGCACCGGCCCAGCUCCCUGGGCAGAAUUCCCCUAUUUCCUGGGCCUGUUGCUCCCUCAGCAGGAGGAAGCUCUGCCUGCCACUCAUCCCUCCCUCCAGGACCCCUGUGCGGAGCUGGGGCUGGGACCCUGACCUGCUGCCCUUGGGUCAGUGAGGCACUCCCAGGCCUGGCGACUCCAGCACGGUCCCGAGGUGGACACUAGUCCCUGCCAAUGCAGGCACCGUGCUGCUUCAGCUAUGACGAAUGAGCCAUUUGUGAAAGAGAGAGAACCCUGAAACAUAAGUGUAUUAUGCGGUCAGUAGACUGACUCUGAGACCUAUGUAAAAGGAAAGGCUAUUCCAACACGGACUAUUUUUGUACUAGAAUUUGCUAACUUGUAAUAUGGAAUUUUCCUUUUGGCCAAUAAUCAGGAUUUCCCUAUAAGUCACUUGGACAUUGGUCACUUGUAGGAAAUUUAAACUCUUAAUUAUGACAGCUACAUUGAAAAAUAAUUGUACUGAAAUUAACUUGUCUAUCUUCAUUUGGUUUUAAUUUUUAAAUGUUUGUAAAAAGAGACUGUUUUUUGGGGAAUGGGGCAGAGGGGUGGGCGAUUUCUUUUGUAAGUGUAAAAUAAAUGAACACGCAUU